AUGGACUCCACCGGAGCAGGGGUAUCGCCAUCCAUAUCUUUGUCCGAGCAUGGGGAAUAUGCCGCCCAGACAAGCGGAAAAGAUCUGAUCCUUCACCUAAAUCCCACAUCUUCGGGGUUCCAGGAUGUGGAGAUUGUCAAAGUCAAAGAAAGCUCGUCAAAAUUCUUAAAGUUCUCACGAGCAAGUUACACUAUAUCGCCAGAUACUUAUGCAGCCAGAAAGGAAACCCCACCAGGCAGACGUGUGCUCCAUGCAAGUGAUUCACGCAUUCUGGUAUGGCAACUGCUCCCGCUGCAAUUACAUGCGGAAAUUGAGAGCGUAGAGCCUGGUGCUUUGAACGUCGAUUUCGGUAGCGAUGAAAACGAAGUCAUUGUCUUCCAUGCCUGGAAUACGAAGCUAACUGUGUACGCCCUGGAUACUGGCCGCAGCCAGGUGAUCAAGUCUCCAAAAUUUGCUCAUAAUAAUGGCUUUGGAUACCGACCGAAGACAGGACAGUUCGCAGUUCUGCUGAAGCCUGAUACGGUCGAUUUAUUGACUAUUCAUGGAUUCCGCUCGUACGAGCUGAUAAAUCGUGCGGUGUUACCAACCGUAGAUGCUCAGGGCUUGAAAUGGAGUCCUGACGGGCGAUGGAUAGCCGUCUGGGACGUUGCCAGCGCGGGUACCAAGGUCCUUGUAUUUACUGCCGACGGCCAGCCUUUUAGGACGUAUAUUGGUCCGCCAGGAUUUGAUGAUUCCUUUGACCUUGGAGUUCGAGGUAUAGAAUGGAGUCCCGUUGUAAACGACAGUGGUGUCUCGGAAUACCUCGCCAUCGGGAAGGUCGAUGGAACUGUUGAUAUUCUACGAUGCAGGACAUUCUCAUGUUCGACCACGUUAUCUCACGUCUUCCAAAUUGACGACAACUCGCCCAGUAUUUGGCGUGAGCGCUACGCAACUGCAGACGGUACCCUUGAAUACGCCGAAUCGUCAAGCUCUUCUGCCUUUAGCAUCACCGCGGAAUCAUCUGGUCCCCCGCGGGGCGUAUCAAUCAUGGCAUUUAGCUUCCAUGGAAGCCUCCUGGCCACAGUAGACCAAACACGGCCAAACAUUGUAUGGAUAUGGAACCUGGAGUCAGCUGCUGUGCUUGUGUCCGCCCUAGUGCAUGAGCAUUCAGUCAGACAGGCUGUGUGGCAUCCCUCGGAAACACAGUUACUUAUAGUCACUGCCAACAGUGCUCUUGCUGCUGUUCGAUCCUGGACUCCUGACGGUCAACCGUCAAUCAUUCGUAUCCCUACUUCACGAAGCGAUACCGGGCGAUAUGAUGCCAGGUGGCUACCUUCAAACCAGGGAGACAAUGCAAAGUUCUGGUUUGGAACAACUGAGGACUACACCCUUGGUCAUAUCGAAGGUGAAGAUGGCACAUCGCAGUUCCAAUCGCGCUCUCCAUCCGUCGUCGAACAACCAGAUCAGACAGUCAAGAUGGCUCCCGCACGCAAGAAGUGGUCCAAGGGCAAGGUCAAGGACAAGGCCCAGCACGCCGUUGUCCUCGAGAAGCAGGUUGCUGAGCGUCUCAACAAGGACGUCCAGUCUUACCGUCUCAUCACCGUCGCCACCCUCGUCGAUCGUCUUAAGAUCAACGGCAGCUUGGCCCGCAAGGCUCUUGCUGACCUCGAGGAGAAGGGCCAGAUCAAGAAGGUUGUCGGCCACUCCAAGUUGAACAUCUACACCCGUGCCGUUACCGCUGAGUAA